UCAGCUCUGCGCCAGCCCUGGAAGUGCUCUCAGUAGCACACACAGGCACAAAGGAUUUCAUCUGUUCCAGCCAGCUUGAAAAGAUCAUAGGCAAGAUAUCAGCUGAUUGAAGAAGGUGUUUUUCCCCAGCACUAAAAGGAGGUGACUAUAUUCACUCACCUGACGGGUUGGAACUUCUCUUAUAUAAACAAUCAGGGACAAGUCUCUCCCCUUAAAAAUGUCAAAACAGCCAGCUUCAAAUGUCAGAAGCAUUCAGGCAAAUAUUAACAUCCCAAUGGGAGCACUUUUACCUGGGGCAGGGCAACCACCUAAAAGAAAAGAAUUUACUGAACCUGAGGAGAGUCUUGCAGCUCCAGCAGAGGAGGAAAAGAAGAAGCAGCUCCCAGGCGCCAAGAAGCUACCAGGCCCUGCUGUUAACCUGUCAGAGAUACAGAAUAUAAAGAGUGAGCUUAAAUUUGUCCCAAGAGCUGAACAGCAAUAGCAAUGAAAAGAUGAGGAACCCAGAACAAGAACUGGUGAUAUGCCCAACAGCAAGGAUAUGAUUCCAGGUUUUCAUGUGUCAAACCAUCCCUCUGUCUGCUGGAUCAUCCUCUUAGCAUCAAACACUGUUUGAGUGAUGUAGUAUGCAGUGUGACAAUGUAAAUGAGAAGUUUGUGUUUUCAUUACUGUUUCAAUGUGUAAAGAGCACUAGUGACGAAAUCAGCAUAGUCCAAUUUUAGCUCCAAACAUAGAUACAAAGUAAUUAUGUUGGUGGCAUUAUUGUUUGUUUUGCUUUGUAAGCCAAAGGCAAUAUUCAAAAACCCUGCCAUGAUAGAGGUAUGUCAGAAUCACCACCUGCCUUCUCCAAUAUUCAGAAAACUAAUUUCUAGCGGAUCUUGAAUUGAUCCACAGAAACAUAUAGGCUAUUAGUAACUCAUUUAAAUAAAACUUCAAUUAUUUUAUUAUCAUUCAAACUCUAAUACAUGCAAAGAGACAAAAUAAUGUGGCUGGGAUAAAUAUGGUUUUAUUUCACCUCUAAAAUGAGAAAUGGUAAUUUUUGAUCAGUCAGAAGAACUUUUAAUUAGUGCAAAAGCAGACAAUGUUCUGUUUCCAUAUUAUUUGCAUAGGAAUUAUGGAGGUUACCAAGUUACUCUCAAAAGGAGAGGGCACUUAGUGAAUGAUCUGGACCUCACACUGAGACACCUACAUUGCAUGUCAUGGUGGCAAUGCUGUGGGUCCAUCCUCAUGUUCUGUAACAGGGCUUGACAAAUCCCAGGCUCCCGGGAGCCAUGGUGCCUAGAAAUUUAACUGUAGCACCUAGACUGGAAUAUUCACAGGCAGAGUGAUUUAAUGAAAUCUUUAAUUCUCCCAGGCAGCCCUGUUUCUGUUCCAAGCUUAUUACUAGUCAAGGGAACAAAGAUAGGCCCAUUCCUGGCUGGCUGCCUGCCAGUGCCCAUCACUAAGUCCAGCAGUAAUUUUGUCAAAUGUCCAUUGCCUGGCUGCUAAAUUUUGGGGCAGGCUCCUAGAUCCAAAGAAAAUUUGCAGGCCUGUAUUAUGAGACACAAAAAAGACAAAUGCCAUGUACCAACAAAUAGACGCUGAAGUAAGUGGACAUAUUUCUUUUCUUCCCCCAACAUCACUUUGCAUAAAACCUGCCUUUAUACUCACAACAAACCAUAGUCCAGUUGUGAACAUGGCCCUAAAGAUUCCUGAGUUUAUGUGCCCGCUCCUCUGCUUGUACACUUGUCUGAAUUGUGGUUUGUUAAAUGACAGCUCUGCAGCUCAUUCAAAUCCAGAGCUACUGUCUGCCUAUAGUUUACAAGCUACAGGUAAAUCAGGAAGUGAAACUGAGAUUCAACUCCACAUACUGUAUCCUGGUUUAAUCAUGGCUUGUAAGACAACAGCUCCGAGUUCAGAUGAGCUGUGGAGCUUUGAUUAUGAAAACAUUAUUCUCCUGACUUGUGAAGAUAAGAAAGAAGACGAGGAAGUGUGCAGGCAUUUAAGCUGAGCUUUUGUGUUUAUGACUGAACAAACAAUGGUUCAGUUGUUUGAACUGGACCUCCAAAUACAGCAUGUUCUCCAGUCCAGGCAAAUAGCCAUUACGGGUGGUCUGUGCUUUUGUCACACAGGACAUAUAACACCAUAAACGGUUUCUAAGCUUUA